UUCUUGUGCGUGGAUCGGUUAUAUUUUACGAAAAUAUUAUUUGUAAAUUAGUAUAUUUUUUCAUCUCAGCUAGUAAAAAAGGUAAAAUUCGGUGUUAAAAAUUUUGUUUGUUUGCAAAAUUACGAUUGUGUGUCCGUAAGAUGUCUGCGUAAGCUUCGUUUUGUGGAUUAGUUCGGACCGUUCCUAUUGUAAGAAGAUGAGAUAGGAAGUUGAUUUUGUAAGAAAGUAAAUAAAACCGAAAUAGGUGUUGGUGAAAAAGAGUUGUUUAAAUAAUUAAUAAUGAAGCCAGAGUCUGACAAGCUCAGUGUUUUAUUACGGGAUACAGUGCUACUUUUGUGUCGAAAUGGAUUCAAUUACAAACUGAAUAUCAAGGUUCAAGGGUUGAUAGGUAUAACAUUGGAUGACCAGGAAAUAUUCCUUGUUCAUUUCAACGAGCUGGUUGGCAAGGCUCCUCUUAUCAGCAACGACACUGAAAAAGAUGAUAAUGAAGAUGUUGUUGUUGAAAAAGUGACUUAUCAAGCUCGGCCGACAACUGAUACAAACACUCACCAACCAUUGAAUAAUUUCUAUUACAAUAAUUCAUCUGGCAGAAGAAGGCAUCCAGGCAGAAGUCGAAGGCAAGCCAAACACAAUCGCUCUGUACAACCAAAACCUAUUGAAGAAGAUAGUUCUGAUGAAUACAUUAAAAAUAAUUUAAGUGAAAACCCUGAUUACAACUGCAAGCAAGAUAGUUACUGUUUUGUAGAUGAUAUGGACAGCAACCUAACGACCAACAUACCGCAGAAUGAACACUUCAUUGAUCGACAGUCCUCCAUAACAACCGCAGCUGAUGCCACACUUCCUGCAUCUUCAUCCUCUGCUGUCAUCAUGACCAAACCUGAAAAUAUAAAUGACGUCUACACAGAUGUAACAACACAGUCAAUGAAUAUUCUUGAAAGCAGUUGUAUUGUUGGCAGUUCAGACUUCAACCUUGAUAAUUACAAUUCUGAGAGUAAAAGUGAUUUAGCUCUAGGGAAUGAUAAUAGCAUUAUCAAUGAUGGCAACAAUGAAAAUGACAGUAACAACAACAACAACCCACUUUUCCACUCUUCACAACUCCCCAUCAAAGAGGAGACAGAUGAGAUUGACUUCAACUUUGCCACACUCACAGAAACUGACUGCAUUGACAACCUAACUAAUGUUCAAAUGUAUGGAUCGAAUUCGGCAGGCAAUAACGACGACAACAAUAACAAUGAAUCAAGCAGAGGUCGAAGGGCAAGGAGGUCUGGCCAAAAGUUGUACACGUGUGAGCACCCAAACUGUGGCCUAUCGUUUUAUCGUAGUUACACACUGUAUAGGCACCAGAGAUUGAAGCAUGGUCAGCGUCUGGUGCCUCCAGUCUCACAACAAAAUCGAGAUGUCGAGUUUAGGUGUGCCAUUGACAACUGUGGACAGACUUUUUUCAGGGUUUCCACAUUGGAGAAACAUGAACGAGAAUUUCAUGGAAUCGACAGCCUUCAACCACUCAUGUCAGAGAACAUUUUCACCAAACAAUACCACCACAGCUCUCAGAGCAAUGAGAACAAUGAAAAUUUAUUAUUUGAAGGUGUAGACUAUUCCAUGUUAAAUAGACAAAACAUGACUUGAUUGCUUUUUCUUACUUCUUACUUUAAUUUCAUUUUUAUCUUAAAAAUGUUAACCUAUAGACAUUUUUCACACUGAGAUAAAUAGGCUGGUUAUCUGUUUGUGAACCUACACCUAUAAAAUAUCGGCCAAUGGAAUGACCGUACAAACUUCAGCGGUGGUGUUGCAAGCACUCUUUACCUUACUAAUUAAUUCAUAAUUUGGUGUUUGGUCAGUUUAUAUUAUGCCCUUUCUGUGGUGAAAAUUGUGAUUGAAGGUGGUUUAUUGUUUGAUGUUAUUGUUUGGGUCUUUAUGGUGAUGACUGACGUCGGAGGAAGAUGCUAUUUUUAAAAUAUUGCAACUUUUUAAUUCACGUUAAAAAUGGAUUUAGGCAGCUUCAGAUUUAAAUUAUCCUGUUUAUUUAUUUCAGUUUUAAUGUUGAAAAAUUUUUUAAAUUAAUUAAUUUUGUUUUUACCAUAGCUUAUUCAAAUUUGAUAAUAUUUUGAUUGCUUUGUUGACUCUGUAAAUAACUGGUGGAUGUGAUUGAUGACUGUAGAUGAUAGCAGUUUUUUUUAUUCAUUAACACUUCAACUCUAACACAUUUUCUAAUUAAGUUCUUGUUUCGUAAAAAAAAAAUUCACUGGAUCUACUCGUCAAACAAAAAAAAGUUGUAUGCAAUGAUUGCUUUCAUUUAUUCUGUCUUGCUAUGUAACUAUGAAAAUUUAUGAAAAUUAUUUCAAUUUUUUUCUUCUUUGAAAAUCUUAAUUCCUCCUCA